AAUUACCAAAAUUCGUCAGUAAUAAUGGCCUUUGAAAUAAAUGAAGCGGAAGCCGAAAGUGGAAGCUUUGGACGGGAAGAACAUGUUCGAGAAUUUUCCUGUGGGUACCAGUACUAUCGCACUUUUUACCUGGAUGCCAAAAGAGACGUUCUCUACGUCGGAGCCAUGGAUCGCUUGUACAGGCUGAAUUUGAACAAUGUCAACAAAAGCCGUUGUGACACGGAUGCUCUUUUUCUGGAUCCUCUAAAUGUCGCAAAUUGUGUGUCGAAAGGAAAAUCAGAGCUUUAUGACUGCCGAAAUCACAUAAGAGUGAUACAACCCAUUGGCGAUGGAAGCAAACUUUAUCUUUGUGGUACCAAUGCUCAUAAUCCUCGAGAUUUAGUAAUCUAUGGAAAUCUCAGCUUCUUAGCUCCGAAUGAGAACUUUCCGGGAAUUGGUGAUGGUAUUGCCAAGUGUCCUUUUGAUCCUGACGAUAAUGCCACUGCUGUUUGGGUUGAGCAUGGAAAUCCUGGAGGACUUCCUGGUCUCUACAGUGGUACAGUUGCAGAAUUCACAAAAGCUGAUACUGUAAUUUUUCGUACAAAUUUAUAUAAUUUGACCACUGGAGCUAGUGUUCAUCCAUUCAAAAGAACUAUUAAAUAUGAUUCAAAAUGGCUUGACAAACCUCAUUUUGUGGGAUCUUAUGAUAUUGGAGAUUAUGUAUAUUUCUUCUUUCGAGAAAGUGCUGUAGAGUACAUUAACUGUGGAAAAAACAUAUAUUCUAGAGUUGCAAGAGUUUGUAAACGUGAUACUGGAGGUAAAAAUAUUUUGAACAAAAAUUGGGCUUCAUUCCUUAAAGCACGUUUAAAUUGCUCCAUCCCAGGAGAAUUUCCAUUCUAUUUCAAUGAAAUACAGCAUGUGUAUAAGCACCCUGACGAUGAAAGGAAAUUUUAUGCUGUUUUUUCAACUUCUACGAAUGGACUGAUGGGAUCAGCAAUAUGUAGCUACAGCUUAGAUUCCAUACAAGAAGUAUUUAAUGGAAAAUUUAAGGAACAAGCUACUUCAUCAUCUGCGUGGUUGCCAGUGCUUACCAGCAAAGUUCCAGAACCUAGACCAGGUUUGUGUGUCAAUGAUACACAAACACUUCCAGAUUCAGUUUUGAAUUUCAUACGUGGCCAUCCCUUAAUGGAUUCAGCUGUUUCUCAUGAUAAUGCUAAACCCGUGUAUUACAAGAGAGAUGUCAUAUUCACUUGUCUUGUGGUUGACAUGAUAGAAGUUGAUGGAGUACAUUAUACUGUCUACUAUGCAGGUUCAACUGAAGGUUAUGUCUAUAAACUAGUAGAAUGGUAUGAUCGACUUGGUGAAGAGCAUUCUAAUUUAGUGGAUAUAUUUGAGGCUACAGUACCUGAUCCUGUCAGAGCUAUUGAAAUAUCCAGCAAGCACAAAUCUCUGUACGUCUCUUCUGACUAUGUGUUGCGGCAGUUUGAUCUUGUUAUGUGCAAAGGAAGGUUUGCAAACUGCCUUCGUUGCAUUCAAGAUCCUUACUGUGGUUGGGAUAAAGAACGUGGAGAAUGCAAACCAUAUGUUAGUGGAUUACUGCAAGAUGUAACGAAUGCAACUCCUGGAAUCUGUGAUAACUGUGUGAAAAACAAACCGCUUCAUGUAUUUUGGGGUCAAAGUGUUCAUCUUUCUUGUGCCAUUCACAUGCCAGACAUCGAGAGCAUGGGCAUGGGUCCUUUGCGGUGGUUUCAUUACAGUAGAGAAAAAGGCAAAUAUGCUGUGGUGCAUCGACGAGAAAAGUACAUCCACACUGCUGACCAUGGGCUUGUUAUUCUGUCUGUGUCAGAGAGAGAUGCUGGGCGAUAUGAUUGCAAAUUAGGAACUAGCACAUUAUGCAGUUUCAAUAUCACUGUUGAUACUAAAACUUGCAGUGCUCCAUCAGAGGCAGAAUAUCGAAAAAUUUAUUCAGAUUGGUGCCAUGAAUUUGAGAAAUAUAAAAUGGCUAUGAAGACAUGGCAAAAUAAACAAGCAAAGUGCCAAUCUGUGCAUCCUAACGAUGUAACAUAUCAAGGCAGUACCCUUGUAUGAGGCAGCUUCUGCUAUCAUUGUGACAGCAGAGUUCCAAGCCAAGCCACCGUGCUCAAGUUGCGUCCGUUACCUUAUGUAUUGCAGCAAAUGUAGACUGCAUUUCCUGGGCUUUAUGGCGUCGUGUUGACCGAUUCAUUUGCUGCAAACAUCCUGGAUUUCCUUUUGAUCUCGUGUGCUGCCCUCUGGAUUGACUGCUUCUUAUAGGGCAAACAUUAGAUAACGUGAAUCGACAUCCGGCCUCUCUGUUCAUAUGUAUGCGUGUGUGUGUGUGUAUGUAAUUAUGUGCAAGAAUGAUGUUUCUUCAUGUUACAUCAUACUUUUUAUCUUUCGUCCCUUCCCUGCCAUUGUCUCAUCCUGCGUGUGCAUUUUCUUUGUUUACAAAAAUACUGAAUGAACAGUAUGGCAGGCAAUGCAGAGCUUAAUAUGACUGAGUCAACUGUACAACUUUUCAAAGUCAACUACAUACAUGUAUGGCCUUGCUGAAUGACUUAUAAGGCUUGUAUCAGUUUUAUGUACAUAACAAAAAUAAAAGUGAAAAAGAAUCACUGUGUAAAAACUGCCAGCAAGCCCAUUCAAUUCAUAUUUUUCUAAAGGAUUCUUAUUUAAACAUGAAUUCUAAAAAAAGAAUGUUAGAAUGGAAUACGACUUGAAGCCAAAUGAAAAAGCUGUAAAAUAUAUAUGUUUGAAGUAAAAUAGGUUGUUGACUAACUGAACAAUGUGUUCUUGAUAAAGAAAAGUUCAUCAAGGAUUUUAAUGUUUUCUAUGUUGAAAAUAUUUGUAAAUUAUGCCAUUGAAUCUUCACUGAUCAUAUCCAUUUUAUUUGGCAUUACACAAGAAAAGUCCUUAUGUCAAGAAUUUUACUGUAAACUUUCGUUGGAGAUUUUUUUUUUCCUUUUACUUUUCAACAACUAAAGAAGUACCUCUAUUUGAAAUGUUAUUUAAUCAAACACACUUACCUUCAUAACCUAAUCAAAAUAUAAAAAUAUAGUAUGUAAAAAGUAAUUUUCUAAAACCAUUUCUCUCUUUCUCUAUUUCAAUUUUCCAGCGUAAGAAUAUUCAAGAAUUGUAACUAAAAAGUUUCUUUUUGUGUUCUUCAUUUGUUCUAAAUGGCAUUUAAUGUGAUUUUUAUUGUGAUUUUUAGUUUUUUAAACAUUAUUUCAUUAUUGAGUACUUUUUUCAUAUGUGCAUUUAAAAAUGUAUUUUGUAUAUGAAUUGCUGGUAUUGGCCUUGUUAAUUUAAGCCUUGUUAAUUUGAAGGAGUUUUCUUGUUAAAACAAAAUUGAAAAUUUUAAUAGUAUUUAUACACCUUAUAUUAUAUAUUGAAGUAUAGAAAACAAAAACUGUUUCUCAACUUGCUUUUUUGUGAAAUUAAAUAUUUCAUUUGAAGGCAUUAUAAAAUCCAUUCAAAAUAAAUUUAAUGGUAUAGUAAGAGUGUAAGAUUUUUUUAAAAACAAACAUAUCAAAAUUUCACAAACAAAAAAGUUUCUUGAAAUGAAGCUGAAUAGAUUAUAAAUGAAAAUUUAAAAACUUAAUUAUGAUAAAUUAUCUUAAUCUGUGAAAUAAAUCUAUCCAUAAAUACAAGCAAAAGACUGCUAGGGAUUCAGAAUAAAAGGUUGUGUAUUUUAUUUUUUAUAUUUUUGCUUUUUAAAGGUUUGUGAUUAUUUAUUAUUCCUGCAGCUGCUUGUGGUAUGUUAGAUAUUAAUGAAUUCCAUGUUACAUAAUAUCAAUACAUUAAUGAAUUCUUAUGUUUCCAUUAACUGAACAGAUUCAUUUUAGCUAUUGUUUGAACAAAUAUCCCCAAAAUUUCUUUAGUGAGAGCUUUAAGAUCUCAUUAAACAUUAAAAUUCGUUUGAUGUAUUUCUCAUUCAAGUUUGAUCUAUAAAUAAAUAUGUCCAAUAUUUUUCUCGCAUAUUUGUAAAAUGUAUAUUGAUCUUAUAAUACGUGCAAAUGUUUGGACCACUUAAUUUCCAUCCAUUACUCUUUGUACAUAGCUACUUUUUACAGAAUAUAGUAUUCAAAUUUAAAAGCAUUUUAAACAUUGCAAACUAUAUGUUCCCAUAAGCGGUAUAAAAAAGAAAUAAAUAAAACGUAAUUACUGUUUUUUUGUUGCAUUUUUUUUCACAUUUGUUUUAAGGUAUAUUGUCAGUCAUUCUUGUUUGUCAUUUAAUUUUCAUUCUUUAUUUUCUGAGCUAAAGUGACAACAAAUAAAAAUUCAAUAUACAAUGAAAAGCCAUAAUUAGAUAUCACAACACAAAUUAAAAACUACUGCUACCAAAUCAAUUUUAACAAAAUUUUUGAAGUUGUUAUAGGCUCUUGAAAAUAAGAAAUAGAAUUUCCUAUAAGCAUUGGAUGCUGUGUUUAUGUUAGAGCUCAAAGAUUAGUAAGUCAUCAUGGCGUAUUGCCUGAUGAGUGCUCCAAUUGUUAUGCACUUGUCUUCAGAGUGUGAGGCUGACAAUGCUUGGACCUAAUGUUCCGAAAUUUUAAGGAGGUCCACAAAUCAUCCUAUAACUCCUUAUAGCUCUCCGACAAAUAAAGUGUGUGUUAGUGGCCCUGUUUGUCUUGGUAUCAUGCAUAAUGGCAUUGCUGAUUACUUUGCUUUAUAAUAUGUACAUUAGAUCAGUAUUAUACUAGAAAGUUUAUGCUUGAAAGAAACGUUUUCUUAUUUCAGUACGACAAAAUACUGAAUUUGAAAUUUCUUAAGUCUGGGAAACAGCUUUUGUUUUCAUCUAAGCUUAAUUCACCAAUUAUUUGAACAAUAUAUAAAAAGUGUAAAAUGCAUGUACAUUUGGUCAAAUUUCAUUCAGAAAUUUUUUGUGAUAGAAGUCUUUGUUAAUUGUGUUAUAUAACUCUCGUCAACCUGUGCUUUGUCUACUACCUGAAAGAUCAGGUGAAUGUUGAUAACUUUUAAUAACUAGAACAUUUCUCUUAGGUUUCUACAUCUAUUUCUUACUACAUAUUGUAAGAAAGAUGGCACUUCUAGUCGCUUGACUUAAACAAGUAGAUACUGAAUAUAUAUAUAUAUACAUAUAUAUUUUAAUUAUUGGCAUUUUUAUGGGUUUCAAUGAAAUGUUGUGUAAAAGCUAUUCGAUAUGAUUUGAUGCAUGCAGGCAUAUUUCCUCAACCAUAUUAGUUCCUUAUUUAUUUUUAUUUAAUGACUUUUUUGCUUUGACAAAAUGAAUCGAAACUUUUAAGUUUGGGUGUAAAAAAAAUAAUUCUUAAAUUGAUGAAUUUUCAUGGGAUAAUUUAACAUAAUGUAUAUAUUUACUGUUUAUAUAUGCAUAAAUAAACUCCAUGUUGAAAUAUUA